AUGACCCAUAACGAGACAGGGAUGUUGGAACCCCUGUUGCCAAAGGAAAAUGACAAAUUUCAAGGCUUUAUCACUGGAAGGGUGGUACGUGGAAAAGUCCGGCACCCAAAUCCUGUCAAUCUCAGGAUUCAAGAAAAUACUGGGCCUUACUGGGUGGUCGCAGAUACUAUGCAAAUGUGUGCACAUGGGUUCAAGGAAGAUGCGGACUGCAUUUUGCUUCUUGAAGUGCUGGUAAACAGAAACGAUUUGCGGAGGCUCUCAAUUGUGCUUUUCUAUUUCCGUCUUCUCCACCUGCAACGCACUGACAUUCUUCCGAAACUCCUCGACCGAGCUGAUCAGAGACGACAAGCCUUCGGCGGAGACUUGAAGUUCGCCAGCCUGACACGACGACCACCUCCGACUCCAAAGGGCUCGACUAUUCCUUCCCGCCUCCACAUCAACACAUUCAACACCACCACCUUCAAGUCUAGAUGGCUCAGCAAGCGACGAACCAGACCGUCACGGUCCCCAGUCGACCUCCUCAAGUCCCUCCUCACCUCCGUCAAUAGCCUCCGAGAUGAAGUCUCCCUCCUCCGCAGUGAAAACACAGAAACCAAGGACAUCCUGACCACCGCCCUCGCCUCAAUCUCUCCUCCGACGCCACGCGGCGCGUUCUCUCUCUUCCCCGACUUAGCUACAGAGACCCGGCACAUGAUAUGGGACGCCGCUCUCCACAUCCCUCGAAUUGUCGGCGCGAAGAUUGUUCUCCGGAAAAAGGAGGAAGCUUUGACCCCUACCGCACCGAAUUCGCCAAUCCUUUUCGUCAACAAAGAGUCCAGGGCUUGGGCAAAGAAUUUGCUGGUGUGCUUCAUGGUCAAGGAGAAUUUGAGCCGGGAUCGCAUUCCAUUGCUCUACAUCAACCCCGCUGUUGAUACGAUGUGGAUGGUCAACUGUACCUGGGCGCGUGCGCGAAAUGGGAGUGUUGCUGCGCUUUGGGGCGAGUCAAUGAUUCGUAAGGUAGCAGUCCCGUUCGAGACUUGGACUGGCAUGCUCGUAAGCCUAGACGUAGAAGACGAAAACAUCCUGCGGUUGCUUAUUGAGCUUCGAGAGAAGGGAAUAGAGAUGGUGAUAUUUGCAUUGGGCGACGAAGGUGCUGCAGAACGGCUCGAUACCGUCUUUAUCGAGCCAAAAGAGAUCCCGGCCUUCUACCUGGACCACGAAUUGAUCCAGGAAAUCAAGGGCACACAAUUUAAUCGAAACGAAGAGGUGAAAUGGAGUUCAUGUCGCUAUUGCGCAAAUGAGUGGAUCAAGAUUACUAGAGAUAUGUACAUGGAGACUGUUGGAAUUACUAAGAAGAGUCCUACCGAUUCCAGCAACGAAAUGCAUAACGUCAUGGUCCAAUGGAGUCUGGAGAAUUGGGAGCCGCCUCGACUUGAGUUCAUGGAAGUAACAACUCGGAAGCAACUUGGCAAGCUCAAGAAGUUUUCGGAAGGAAAUGGAUGCGGCGGUAGCAGGGAGUAAAGCUUCAUGGACAGUGUAGUGUGUAUGGUUGAGCGGAGAAACAAUGGCACGAGAAUUCGGCAAUGUAGCAUGCGUGGAUGAACAACUGGCACAAAAUAAUAGCACAGGCAAUCAACAUAGCAAGAAGGUCAAGAGUUUCGAGGGAAAUGCCUUGAUUUUGCCAUCAUUGUUCCUGUCCAGAAGAGGAAACUGCCCGUGAUCCUAUCGCCAUGUCCCAUAUUCGCAAGAUGCCGUCUUUCCAAGCAGAAAGCUCCCGAAUGCC